ACUGUUGAUUGAUCCCGAUCGCUUUUCAAGCUUUAUUAAACGAAACUCCUUGCAUAGCUAUACCAGUCGUAAUGGACGAAAAUUGUACGGCUGUUGAAUAUCUCCUUGAAGACUAUGUGGAAGUAUCCUUACCGAUUUUACGAUUAACGUAAAAAAACCUUUUUCUCGGUUAAAUAAUUAAGGGUUAAUUAAACAUUACGGCGUAGAAAUGAAAGCACUCAUCGUCGACGCCUGACGUCAGAGUUUUUAAGCGCAGGCGCCUCCUCUCAUUUUUCCUUCUAUGAUGAGUGACGGAAGAGCAAAAUUGCUCUGGAGACGCUUAUUCGAUAAAUUUCGACUAUCAAAAAAGGCAUUAGAAAAACGAAAAUUCUUCCACAGGUCGAAGACUGUUGGGGAGAUACCCGAAAGUCUACUACAGCAAUCGUAUUCCUGCAUUCCUUCACCAACGGAAUGGAUAAGACCGAGAAGACCAAUAAGGCUUAUAGAAACGGAAAACAAAUCUUCAAGCCCAGGACUUCUUCGGACACCAGAUAUUCAGUUGGAAACUCGAUCAGCCAGUCCAUCUCCGAAUGUUAGUCGAAACAGAAGAUUUAAAUCUCCGUUAUAUAAAGUUGCAUCUUCAACAGAAAAUGUACCUAAUGUCGUACCGGUAAGUGCAAGCUAUAAUUAUUUAUCCAAGUGUAAAAUACAGUCGCGCCACCUAUUUUUACAAUAUCAUUACUAUCUACCACUUGUAGUAUAAAACUCAAUAAUUAACUAACGAGCAUAGCACAACCGUUACUUUUCAAUCUUAUUAAAAAAUUACUGGAAUAUUUUGCCAUGCAAUUCUCUUCACCUUAUGUAAUAAAACCAUUUUUAAUGGACUUGAAACAUGUAAAACGUUCGUGGAAAGAUAAAUCAAAAAUCGAACCUGUCACUCCUCUCAAAGCUGUCGAAUACCGACAGUGCAAACCAAGUGCAGCAUGUAAGACCGAAAAUAGUAUAAUUAGGAGUAGAUCUUUUAAUACGUCGUACGAGCAUAUCGUGGCAACACUUGAUGAAAAUUUAUCAGAAAAGAGUUGGACUAGACUUGGUCGGAAAGAUCAGAAGGAAGAGGAAAAUCGCGGUCACAUUAAAAGACGACAUCAGCGUUCACAUUCAGUAGACUGCACAGAUGCAGUCCGAGUUUCUUCAAGUAGAAAUCGAAAGUUGGAAAGAAGUUCAUCUAUACCAACCAGUCCUCUUUUAACUACUCCAGCCGCUUGCAAAAAAUCACCAAAACCCCGUCGUUUUAACAAGAAGAGACAGCCUUUUGCUGAAAUCGAUCUUUUUAACGCAAUAGGAGAGGGAAUUUUUGAUAAAGUGGAACAAAUCUUGAAAUCCGCAGAAGUAAAUGUCAAUUGCUCAAAUGAAGAUGGCAUGACCCCUCUUGAUAUAGCAAGUCUUAUUAAUCACGUACCAUUGAUAAAAUUGCUGCUUACAUUCGGUGCCAAGGAGAAUUUUAAUGGAAUUGGAAAGAGUGAUAAAAUGCUUGAGGAGUUAAUCAGGAAAACUAUUCACUCUAUGGGUGAUGGAAUGAAGAAGGACGAUGACUUUUCAAAACUAAACUUCAAGCUGGAGCUAUUAAGGAGAAUGAAAACUACCCUUGAAAGAAGUAAAUUGCCCAAUCCUCCCUCCAACGUUCAAUUGAGUGUUCGAAGUGUUGACUCAUUACUGGUUUCGUUUGACGAACCAUUACCUCCUUGUGGCGCUAUCACAGUAAAGUAUAAAAUUGAAUGGAGUAAAACCGUUUCCUUUCGUCCUCUUGCCGGAUCAGAAGUGGUAAUAGGUGACGCUGUUAAAUGCUUUACAAUCUAUCAACUACAAACUGGAGUUCCCUACUACGUAAGAGUUUCUUUUGGAAACGUUAAGGGUUUCAGUAAUCCAAGCGUAUCUUGCCCCUUAUUUGCUGUUCCAUCUAAUUGGAGAGAGGUUGAAAAAUCAAAACCUAGAAUGGAAGGUAAAAUGGAAGAAUUAGAUAGUCUUCUGAUUGAUUCUAACUGUAUAGAGUCAAAUUCAGCUACAGUCGGAAGUAAAAAAGUUACUAUAGUAAAGAAAAGUCUUAAAAAUUUGUUCAGUUCAACUUCUCGGUUUCAAAGGCAUUUAAGAAGAGGAGUAUACUUGUGCUGUUUAGUGUAUCAAACUGAUAAAGUUCUGCUUACUACGGACGAUUAUUUACCUUGUGUUGAAGUUGAAGAAAAUGCAACUCUAACGCAAUCCGACUUACUUUGGUUUAUGAAAGUUGCUUGUUCUUGGAAUGAUGUAAAACAGUUAAAAUCUGAUUUAGAGAAAACUACAUCUGGUUCGUUGGAAUCUCGACUUAAAUUAUUAUUAGCAAUAAUCCAACUCCAAACAUCGUUGGGUAUAUCUGACUUAGGCCGACUUCGCUCAAUUCCCGUUCAUUCAAAUGGAGUGUUAAUUUUGGUAUCUGUGCUAAAACUAAAGAGUACAAAGGAUGUUGCUUGUAAUCAUGCAAAAUGGUGUUCAAUUUCAAAACUAGAAAAAAGGUAUGAUGAUUCUGAUAUGCUAAUGACGAAAACGAAAGAAAUAAUACAAGAACACGAGGCCGGUGAAAGACGAUUAAAAGAAGGACUUUAUGUAGCUUAUUUAAAACUAAAAUGUUCUUUAGAUAAAAUGCAUGUUCUUGUUGAUUCACAUGCUCCGAAUAUUCUACCUCAUCAAAAAGUUCGCGACUGCCCGAACAUAACUAAGGACGAAUGGGUCUUUUUAAAAAAUAUGGGAACACCGGAAACAUGUUCCUUUCUUGAUGAUGAACAGUGCGGAAGGAUGAUAUGUUUUCAAAAAAAAUUGAUAUCCGCUUGUCGUCAGUUAAUGAUUAGGUUAGGGGUAAAAGAGGACGAAGCUCUUAGUCAUCGUUUGUAUGAUGUUGAGGCGGUGGAAAUGUCAGACGGCAUAACAUUAAUACUUAUACUUCCACCUGCCGAAACAUUGUGUACUAUUCCUGGAAAUACAGAUGUCUGCCCACCUGGUCACGUUGUUUUACCUGUUCAAGCUUUUGAAAUGGCUUACGCUUGGACAUAUGAAAGAGAAUUCAUUCAAAAAUAUUCCCAUUUAUCUUUAACAGUAGAAACAAACUUGAUGCUCUCUCAGCAAGCUCAAAGAGAAGCGUUUUCCACCAAAGAAUUACUCGAGGCAAAAUUAAGAGUUGAUCGGUUUGCAUCAAUUCGAAGUCAACUAGAAGAUGUUUGGAGAUCUACACGGUGGACAAUGGAUGCCGUUUCAUUCGCCAGAGCAAAGGGUCAAACUCAAGGUGUUCCAUUGAAUAUUCUUUACGCAACCAUCGCAUCUCCAAAUGAAUCUCCAACUUGGAGACGUUCAGAUGAAGGAGAUUCACGUUCAUGCUCCACUGAUGCCGGUUAUCAGUCUGAUAGAAAUGAAAUAGAGUCUGCAACUCUACGAGUUUAUGCAGCUUAUGAGUGUGGUUUAGCACUUGGAAGUUGUGUGAAAUUAAGAGUAACCUCUCGAACAACCGCAAGAAAGGUUGUUCAACUUGUAAUUCAACAACUGAAUAGAGCAGUGUUGAUUAAUGGAAAAUCAGGUCCAAUUUAUUCAGACGAUGAACUAGACGAUUUCUGCUUAAGCUAUGUAAUGCAUGGCAUAGAAAGAAUUAUUGCUGAUCAUCAUUCUCCAAUAAGUAAUAAGUCGGCUUCUCAAAAGGCAAGAUUUUACGUCAGACCUAAGCAUCAGUGCUUAUACGCUACUUCUGUUUAAUUCAACAUUUAAAUUCUUUUGUAUUUGUCAAUGAAAUCAAUUUAUAUUGUGAUGAAGAUUGUUAAAUAUUUAAAAUAUACGGUUAACAGUUUUUACUGAAAUGUAAUUAGAAAGGAGACUGCCUGUUUUCUUCAUUUAAAAAGUAGAUUUUUACGAUUCCCUUAGAGGUUUUUAUCUCUUCCUCGAAUUUUAUCAGCAUGUAUAUCGAUAAUCCAUAGACGAAUGUUGGAAUGCCUGCAUAAAAAUUUACAUUAAUCCUUACUAAAAAACUUUUUUUCCCUAAACCAUUUUAUAUCCUCAUUAAGAAUCUGUAGUGGUGUUUUAUCUUUAUUCUUAGCAUUAAACAUUGACAAAUCAAAAGCCCGGCAAAUGGCUAAGGUAAAAAAAGUUAAAGAAAGGCACGUUCCGAAAGAAUAAUAUCUAAUUUUUAGUGAUCUGGAUGCACCCUUCAUAUCUUUUGCUAAAGUUGACCAAAGUGUGUAACAUCCUGCUCCUGAGCAUGCUACAGUUCCGAUUACGCGGCAUUCUGUGCAAUCUGAUUUUGAGUCUUGAUUGUUGUUAUUAGUUUCUUGAGGAUUACCCAUUAAAGCCCUCCAUUCAUCUAUCACUCCCAUUAUAUUUAACUAACCUAGAUUGAUUGCUUUUAGAGUCGUAAAUAGCUUAUUAUGUUGAGAUAGAUCUUCUACCGGCGCCGAGGAGCAGUGAUAUUUGAUGAAAGGAUAACAACCAGUUCUUAAAAUUUGAUAAUUAUGCUGUCCAAUGCACCAGUUAAAAUUUGAGAGUGAGAAUUGAUCAUUUAACACAUCCUUCUGUCGAACAACAAAAGAUGUCCAGAAAGGAUAAGAAGCUUGCUCCAAAUGCUUUGUCAAAACUUCCGAUGCUCUUGGUUUGCCUCUUUUGUAUGGUAACAAUUUUUGGAGAGAGAAAAAUGAGCGGCAAAAAAAAUUACUAGAACUACUCAUAAAGUACACUCGGUUGUAAGGUCAAAGUUUUGCCGACAUAAUUUCAGCAUGGUUAGUAUUCCAUAUAGUUCUUAAAUAUAACGGGCACCUGUAUUUCCGGUUGAGCUAAAAAUAAAAGUCUGACUAAAUUUAAA